CUUAAGUCUGAGUGUCAAUACACUACAGUUUCAAUUUUAAUUUGAUUACAUUUUCGGUAUUUGUUUGGUUUCUGUCUUGAAACUGUAGAUGCAUAGAUUCUAUUUUUCAUCGACAUGAUCAAUGCUGAACAAAUGAAAUUAAAAUCAAUAUCUUUUUAUUCCACGUUUUAUCAAAAACAAAAACAUCUCUCAUGUUUUGUAUUGUCCGACCACAAAUACAACAAAACAUGGUCUAACACACACCAAUAAACCCUACCAAAAACAACUCCAACUCCAACAACAACAACAACAGCACCGCACUCACCGCGCCGGCAAAAGUUGAACUUACGCAUGAAAUCCCUGAGCCUGGACUCCCCCGAGUCGUCGGAGCUGCACGGCCAAUUCCGGCGGCGUCCGCAGCUGCCGGUGGCGGGCGCCUCCACAUCAGCGGCCCCCGGCUACUAUCACGGCGGAUCGGGAGGCCACCUGGAGCACAGCACUCCUCCAUCGAACAACAGCCGUCUGCACUCGCCAUCGAGUCACUCGCAUACGGGCCGCAAGCUGUUGUAUGCCACACGUGGCAUGCGUGGUGGCAGCGUCGAUUUACCGGAUGAAUUGGAGAAGUCACAGUCCUCGGCCAGCACUUCGCCAUGCCUCUCACCAGUAAGACAUCCCCAGAAAUCGCAUCGUCUGUUGCCCACCAACUUGUACGUCAUCCUCUACAACUUCAAGGCUCGGCAUCCCGAUGAACUCGACCUCAAGGCUGGCUAUAAGGUGACUGUCAUUGACACAUCCGAUCCGGACUGGUGGAAGGGCAAGGUCCUGGGACGCGUUGGCUUCUUUCCAUCCAAGUACUGUGUGCGUCUGAACGCCAGUGAGAAGCCCCUACAGGUUACCCACAAUCUGCAAGUGUCCGAUGGGGAGCGCAGCGACAAGAUCACACUUCUGAGAGACCAGAUUGUCAUACAGGUCGGCGAUGAGGUCAAUGGUAUGUGCAUGUUGCGCUCAGCCGACAACCGCCAGGGCUACUGUCCGGUCAAGUAUCUGCAGGAGGUGUGACAGCCAGAAGAGCCAGAAG